GCAUUUAGAAAAUGUCGACAAUCUUCGCCCUAUCGUCUGGCACAUUGCCAAGCGCAAUUGCGAUGUUCCGCGUUUCAGGAUCACAAAGCCUCCCCGUACUCCGCCAGCUGAGCCGUCGAAAAGUUUGGAAGCCGAAAACGAUGAAAUACACGAAAUUGUACGAUUCAGAGAGCAAAAUCAUCGAUGAAGCAAUGGCGGUAUAUCUUCCCGGCCCGAAAACGUUUACCGGAGAAGACACAGCCGAGUUUUUUCUACAUGGAAGUCAGGCCGUGGCCGUGAAGUUUGCCUCAUGUUUGGCUGGAAUUCAAAAUGUUCGAGAAGCGAAGCGAGGAGAAUUCACGAGGAGAGCAUUUCACAACGGAAAAUUGAGCAUUUCCGAGGUUCGAGGAAUCGAUCGGCUAAUUAAAUCUCGAACCGAAAAAGAACGAAAUGCGGCAUUUGGUCAAAUGCGUGGUGGAGUUCGAGCUAUUGAAAUAAGGAAGCAAUUAAUUCAAAUUCUAUCGAAACUAUUUGUGAUCAUUGAUUUUGGAGAACACGUGAACUUGGAAUUACGCGAAGCUCAACAAGAUGUCUCUGAAAUUCUUCAUGAACUCAAUCGAAUGAUCAAAGCGUGGGAUGGUGCAGAACGGGCUCAACGUGGAUUGGAUAUUGUGCUCUAUGGAAGACCGAAUUCCGGAAAAUCAAGCAUUUUAAAUCAGUUAGCGCAUGAUGACGUGGCAAUUGUUAGCUCGAUUCCUGGAACCACGAGAGAUAGUUUGGAAACAAUCAUUCAAAUUAACGGAGUUCGAUGCCGUCUCACAGACACUGCUGGAGUUCGACAAAAAACUAAUGACGUCAUUGAGGCAGAAGGUAUUCGACGUGCUCAAAAACGAAUCCAAUCAGCUGACAUUAUCUGCGUUGUCGUGGAUCCACAAUUCACGUCGGAUGACGAUGUUGAAUCGAUUUUGAAUGACGUGGAAGUGAUGCGAAAUCGCGAAGCUCGUGUGAUUAUUGCAAAGAAUAAGUCUGAUCUGAGUCUGAAGUAUCCAAAACUUCCCUCAAAUUUCACUACUGUAUCUACAAAUGCUACCACAGAUACUGGCUGCAAACAACUUCAAAACUGUUUGGGAGAAAUUGUAGAUGAUCUGUGUCCUGAAGCAAGUUAUUUACUAGAUGCAGAUCUGUUAAGAAGAUGCUCAUUCGAAUUGGAGUCAGCUGUAACGUGUAACGACGCAGCAAUCAUGUGUUCACAUCUGGAAGUUGCCUUGGAACAAAUCGGAGAGCUCACCGAGGGAAUUGUCACUGAAAGUGUUCUAGAUGGAAUUUUUAGCAAAUUUUGUAUCGGAAAAUAAAAGCUUUGACCAUU